ACCGCGGCGCCGCUGAAAGUCCGGGUGGGUGUAGAUGGCGCCGCUCCGCUGAGAGAGCGGCGGGAAGCUCGGCCUCUCUAGUCGCCCACUCCGCUCCGCCCCGGAGGAGCCAGUUCCUCCCCCGGCCCCGAGCCAUGCCCAUCGCGGCCGCCUUGGAGGAGCCAGGUAUAAAUUAAUCUUCUAAAAGCAGUUGAACAAUGGAACCAGAUAUCAUUCGAAUGUACUCUUCAUCUCCACCACCAUUAGACAAUGGAGCUGAUGAUGAUGAUGAAGAUGAAUUUGGAGAAUUUGGUGGGUUUUCUGAAGUCAGCCCUUCUGGUGUAGGAUUUGUUGAUUUUGAUGCACCAGAGUUUACUAAUUCCAAGGAAGAAUUUAUAUCUUCAAAUCAUUUUAUGCCGAUUCAUGGUUUCUCAGAAAAUGUAGAUAGCUUUACAAGCUUUAAGCCCAUUAAAAAUGGUAAUGGUAAUGGUAAAGACAGCAUUGCUGAACUUCCUAGUCUUAUGAAGGAACAGUCUGAUGUUUUAUCUUCUACCACCAGCAAAGAAAUAAUUCAGUCAAGAACUUCAGAUACUUUAAUUGACAAUAUAGGAAGUCCAGGAGAUUUAAAUGAAGUAGUAGGGCAGAGAGAAAAGGGUGGGACAUCAGAAAGCUUCCCUUCUGACAGCUUUAGAAUUGAUAUGAAAAUAGUUAGUCAUGACGAGCAAAUAGAUAGCUGUAAUGGUGAGAAACCCACAUGUAUAGAGAUUCUAACAAAUGGGUUUGCAGCACUGGACACUGUAAAUCCUCAGGGAAAGGAAAACUUAGACAUCAUUGAUUCAGAGAGACUAAAAAGUCACAGCACUGAGUUUCAUUUAGACUCCACACCCAGUCCUGCUGAGGAAUUUGCAGAUUUUGCCACAUUUUCCAAAAAGGAAAGGGUACAACUGGAAGAAAUAAGAUGUGAAGUUUUAAAUGUCAGAGAAGCACUAACUAUUCAGGAAAACAAUAAAAUAAAUAAAAUCCAUGAAGGAAGUUCUGUAAAACAGAUGUCUUUGGAUAGAAGCUGUGAAAAUGAAGAAAAGACUCUUGGUCAAGAGAAUCAGGUUUGCAUUUCAGAAAUCAGUGUAGUAACUAAUGAAAAAUAUGACCCUUCGACACUGGAACAAAUUGAAUCAGAUACUAGCACACAAUCAGCCUUGAAUUCAGUAGACACAACUGAUAAUGCAGAAAUGCUUAGCAGGAGAGAACAGUGUGAAGCUAAUGAGAAACUUGAUUUCUUAACUUUUAAAUGUGCAGCCUUGUGUAUGGACAGUAUUAAAACUUCUGAAACCAAUGACAUUAGUUAUCGUCCCAAAGAAGAAACUGUUAAAUUUACAAACAUCCAAAGCACCAGCAUAGAUCUGACAGAAGAAAAUGUUUUUGAUGAGUCUACAGAUUUGAAAAAUGGUGAUAGUAGUAAUGAUUUUGUAUCUUGCAGUGAUACAAACGAAGAUGAUUUUGGUGAUUUUGGCACAGUCAGUGGUGCAACUCCACCUUUUGUUAGUGGUACUCAAGAUUCAAUGAGUGACAUAACUUUUGAAGAGUCCUCAGAACAGUUUCUGCAUUUUAGUGAACCAGGUGAUGACUUUGGUGAUUUUGGGGAUACAGAUGCUGCUACUUGCCAAGAGGAAAUAACAUAUUCUCAAUUAGAACUGAAGCAGACUUCUGAUAGUUUAUCAGAAGGGUAUGAAGUUGCAAGGAAGUCUUCUGUGUCAGGAAUUGAACCUCCUUCAAAACUAAAAAAUGGUGGUUAUAGUCAAUUUGGGUCUCUUGAUUUGGGGCCAAAAAUUCAAGAUGAGUGCAGUGCUUUUCAAGACCCUGAUGAUUUUGCAGAUUUUAGUUCAGCUGGUCCUAACCAAGCUGCAGAUUGGAAUGCCUUUGAGGAUGAACAAAAGGAGAGUUGCUCUUGGGCUGCAUUUGGAGAUGAGCAGACUGUGGAGUCUCCCCUUAGAAAAGAGUCCUGCCAGUCACAUAGGACAGGUGAAAGCAUUGUUAGUCCAUUGACCCAAAAGACUCACACUGUUCCUCUGCCACCUUCUCAAGGAGCAGCUGUUAGUGACCAUUCACAUGAAUCAGCGUCUUCGAUUCAGAUAGCAUUGCUAAACCGCCUUGAACGAAUAUUUGAAGCCUGUUUUCCUUCCUUACCUGUCCCUGAAACUAAAGAAAGAGUUACUUCCCUGGAGCACUUGCUAGAAGCAGGCAAUACACAGAUCAGAACAAGAGAGGCUUUGGGUGAAAAUUGGGAACUACUGGAUGUGUGGACAGAGCUACAGGAUAUCCAUGAUGCAUAUGGCCUGAGAUACCAGUGGGGUGGCUCCCAUAGCAACAAGAAACUUUUGUGCUCCUUGGGAAUCGACACACGAAAUAUUCUCUUUACGGGCAAUAAGAAGCAACCUGUUAUAGUGCCCAUGUAUGCAGCAGGACUGGGUAUGUUAGAACCCACGAAGGAACCAUUGAAACCACUAUCUGCUGCAGAGAAAAUAGCUUCCAUUGGUCAAACACCCCUUAUAACACCAGAGAUGAGUGCAUGUACAUCUGAUCAAUUACAGGAAUCUCUACCACCUGUCCAGUUUGACUGGAGUAGCAGUGGCCUUACUAACCCUUUAGAUGCUAGUGGAGGUUCCACUCUCCUGAACCUUGAUUUCUUUGGGCCCGUGGAUGACAGUAGCUCUAGCAGCAGCACCACCAUCCCAGGUGUGGAUCCAGAGUUGUAUGAGUUGACAACUUCAAAACUGGAAACCGCCAACUCAAGCAUAAAAGUGACUGAUGCAUUUGCAAGACUCAUGUCCACAGUAGAGAAGACGAGCACAUCAACCAGGAAACCUAAAAGAGAAGAGCGUCUGAGUGAAGAGGCUGCCAAGGUGAUUGCUAGCCUUCCCGACUUAACCUUCAUGCACGCCAAGGUGCUGAUGUUCCCAGCUACGCUAACACCUUCAACAAGCUGCCACGAGAAGGCAGACUGAUAAGCGAUAUGAAUUGGACAGUUUAUAUUGAUUUUUCCUUCCUUCCUUUCCCUUCCCACCACCAAAAGCAUACUUGCUUUAAUUAAAAAAAAAAUAAAAACAAAAAACAAAUUUCAAGUUCAGCUGAUUUGUUGGUAAGCAACACUAGAAAGAUAUACAUAGUAAUGUAUAUUUAUUUACAUACUGAAGUCCUAAAUUUAUAUUAGAAAAAUGUAAAUAAUUGGGGGUGAACAUUUUUGAAGAUUUAUUCUUUUUGUGUUGCUGGGGUGUAUACAUUUAUGUCUUUGUGAAAUACACUGGUAGUGUCCUUCUUACAAAACUUUUAAAAUUUAAAAAAAAACAGAAUUGAAAACUCAAAUCUUCACUGUCUGUGAAAUCCCCUUCAGGAAUUUUUCAGAUUGCAUUGAAUGUCCUCUUAAUUUUGUCUAACACAUUGAAUUACUUUUGCUAUUACAAGUGAGCUCCAAAGAUCACUUUAUUGUAUUGUAUUUUAUUUUAUUUUAUUUUAUUUUAUUUUAUUUUAUUUUGUAUGUGGUGGGUUUGGUUCAGAUCUUAAAAAAAGAAAAGGCUGUUGCUGAAGAUUUGGGACUAGUUUUUAAUCUUUUCAAUCUGGCAUAUUGCUGUACGGCCUUUUAUAGGUACUUUCAUCAGUCGCUAUUCUGUUAAUAGGGAUGGAUCAUUGUCAGAACUUGAUUGGGAGGGGCUGUAUUAGAAAAAGAUUGUGUCUGCUUUAAUCAUUUUGAUUUGGAGAAGGACCAAAAUCAUAUGAAUGUCUUGCAGUGAAAGUUACCUGUUACUGAUUUUUUUUGGUUCUAUUAUACCACUAUUUUGUUUGAGGAUUUUGCACAGUGUAAAAUGACAUAAUCAUAGAUUGCUAUGGUUUAGGCUGUAUAUACAGUUAAAAGACUAUGGGUUGUAAAUGUUUGGGGAAAUUCCUAUGGAAAAAAAGAGAGAUGUAGAAGAACCUCUAACAAGGUUAAUAUGCAUGCCCCAGGUCUUUUGAGAUUUAAGUGUGUAAAUUUCCUUUUAGCUUAUACAGAAAUAAAAUAAUUUAAAAGAUA